ACAACCCGCUUUCGCCUCCAAGAACCAUCGCCCACCCCCUCCUUUUUCCUCCCUUUUGUCUCCUUCUUGGAGGCCUAUGAAAGUUUAUAACCCUUUCCUUGGGGUCAUUCUUGUCUAUUUGCUAGCCAUCACUGGUAAAUUAUAAAAAAUAUAUAGCAGUGUUUCACUCACAUAAAAUUGAUGCACUAUAAUUUGCUGCGCAUUAUAAUCUACGUGCCUCUUUUUACACUCGUAUUAUGAGUAAUUUUUCCUUGUAUAUUAGGGUCCCUUCACUCAAGAAUCCCACUUAUGCCCCUAAGCUUCUGCUGGCAUUUAUAUAGAAAGAUGAAUCUUGCUGCUGUUUCAUACGCGGAAAUUAAGGGAUUUGUGUAUUUUUAGCAAGAAAAAUAGAUUUUGAAAGAUCUCUUUACACCAGGGUUCUUUUAUUUUCUUGAUUUUCACGAUGAUGAUGAUGAACAAGAGAUAGACAGAGACGGUAAAGACGACGGAUUCUACAGAGACAGAGGAUCAAUUAUAACAUCACAUUUCUAUUCCUUUACACCUUCUGAGGAAAAAAAAUGUCAACACCGAACUCGCCAUGUGCGGCCUGCAAGUUUCUGAGACGGAAAUGCACGCAAGAGUGCGUUUUUGCACCGUAUUUUCCACCGGAUCAGCCUCAAAAAUUCGCUAAUGUCCAUAAGGUAUUUGGGGCCAGCAACGUCGCCAAGCUUCUCAACGAGCUCAGCACCGUGCAACGCGAAGAUGCUGUGAAUUCCCUUGCUUAUGAGGCCGAGGCUCGCCUCCAUGAUCCCGUCUAUGGUUGUGUUGGCCUAAUCUCGAUCCUUCAACAUAGGCUCAAGGAACUCCAGAGUGAUCUCUUUAACGCCAAGAAAGAGCUGGCACAGUAUAUUGGUAGUCAAGCAAUGCUUCCCACUCUGCAAUCCCCAACUUAUAUGCCUCAACCGCAUCUGGGUAACCCAAAUGCUUCGUCUCUGAUGCAACAUGGGGCGUUGCCGAUGAUGGGUAUACCUAGUAGGCCAACGAACGGCGGUCAAUUGAUGAUACGCGAGACUCAGCAGCAGCAACAACAACAACAACGUCAAAACCAAUUCUUUGAGGCUCAGCAAUUGGCUGCUGCUUUGGCUGUAAGAGAGCAGCAGGAUAUGUUUAGGGCUUAUGAGCAGCAGCAAGAGAUUGUGAGGUUUAAUCGGGGUUUUGAUGCCGUGGAUUCGAUUGCUACCACAGGAUUUAAUCAGAUUACUGUUGCUGCUAUUUCACCUUCUCUGGCUCUUGGUAGCUUUGACACUCCUUACCAGGUUCAACCACAGCAAGUGGAUCAUCACCAACAUCAUCAGCUCCAAGCACAGCUUUUUCUUCAGCCUCAGCCCCAUGAACAACAACAGCAUUCUCAACAAACACAUCAGCAGCAUCAACCAUCAGGAAGUGAUAAGGGCGGAAGCAUAGGCCUAACUUGUUGAUUUUUUCAGAGCCCUUAUGCACUAAUUCUACUUGCUUGAUGCAAUUUCACAAUCGAGAUAGGUCAUAAAUGCCAGACACAAGUGAACAUAAAGGGAGAGAGAUGUACAUCUGAGAUCUGAAUUCUGAAAUCAGCCUUGUUUUUUGUGGUUUGAAGCAGAAGAAGAAGAAGAGAAGAUAAACAUUUUGAAAUGUAGGAGCUGCACUCAUAUUCAAGUACAGCUUUCUUUCCUUCUCAUUUAGUAGAGACAAGACAUGGUUAUCUUUUCUUUUUUUUUUUUUUUCUUAAUUACAAAUUAAAAUAUGCUAUAAUGUAAAUCAGAAGAUGUGAAGUUCUUUCUAAACCUUAAAUCUAUUUAUCAUUAAUUAGCCUAUUAAUUAUUCUAAUUUGCCUUAAACAACACUGCCAUAUAUUGCUACCUGCUAACU